UCAUCUCCAUUACAAAUCACCUCUCAACCCUCGCCCCCAAACCUCUCUCUCUCCCAAUCUCUCUCUCUCUGCUUCGUUGACCUGCAAAUCACUGUUCAUCGAAGCCAAAACCUCCAUUUCCACCAUCGAAAUCGCUCGCUGAAUCUCAAGCUUCGUCGUCUUCUUCGCUUCAAGAUCUAGUUCAAUCCAUAUCUGUAAGCUUCGAUUUGUUAGAUUCUGAGCUCUACUCACUGAAAUCAUCAGAUCUGGGGGUUUUGUUUGAGAAAUGUCGAUUUUACAGAAAGGCGAUUCGGUUCAAAUCAGGGAGGUUUGGAAUGAUAAUUUGGAGGAGGAGUUUGCUCUGAUCCGUGAAAUUGUUGACGAUUUCAGCUAUGUAGCGAUGGAUACUGAGUUUCCUGGUGUGGUUCUUCGUCCUUUAGGUAACUUCAAGAACAUCAAUGACUAUAACUACCAGACUCUGAAGGAUAACGUUGAUAUGCUGAAGCUGAUCCAGCUUGGACUUACGUUCUCGGAUGAGAACGGGAAUUUGCCUACUUGUGGAACGGAAACUCCCUGCAUCUGGCAGUUUAACUUUAGGGAGUUUAAUGUCAGCGAGGAUAUCUUCGCGAGUGACUCGAUCGAGCUGCUGCGCCAGAGCGGGAUUGAUCUCAAGAAGAUCAAUGAGAAGGGGAUUGAUGUGAGCCGGUUCGGGGAGCUUCUGAUGUCGUCGGGGGUUGUGUUGAAUGAUAAUGUGCACUGGGUUACGUUUCACAGCGGUUAUGAUUUCGGGUAUCUGCUGAAGCUGUUGACGUGCCGUGUGUUGCCUGAGUCGCAGGCCGGGUUUUUUGAGCUGAUCAAGAUUUAUUUCCCCAUGUUGUAUGAUAUUAAGCAUCUGAUGAAGUUCUGCAACAAUCUCCAUGGUGGAUUGAACAAGCUCGCCGAGUUGUUGGAGGUGGAUAGGGUUGGUAUGUGCCAUCAAGCCGGAUCGGAUAGUUUACUCACUUCGUGUACAUUUAGGAAGUUGAGGGAUACAUACUUCAGUGGCUCCACAGAGAAAUAUGCUGGUGUGUUGUAUGGUUUAGGUGUUGAGAACAAGACAGACUAAUUGAAAGAAAGAAAGAAAUGGGAAAUUAAGGAAAGAAAUUUACAUAAUUGGUUGUAGAGUAUGUCUAAGUGUGAGUCUUUUUUUCGUCAUUUGUGUACAAUUGUGCCAAAAAGAUUGGUUGUUGUUUACUUGUAACAUUUUCAAUCCUUGCUUGAACUGUAACUGGAAAAACCUUAGCUGGUUUUGUUAGAUUGAGUUCUUUGUAAAUUGCUUCAGUUUAGUGCUUCAAUAAUAAUUUAUGAUGAUGAUUCCUUUAGUUUGGUCA